UAAUUCCCAAAGGUUUCUGGGAAGCGCGGACUGAUGCCCAAGGUCGGACUACGAAUCCCAGCGAGCAGUUCGCGACGCAAGGGUGCAGGAGGAGGAGCUCAGAGCCGUCGGGCCCCACGGAGCCAGGCAUCGGCAGCACCCGGCGCACGUGGCCAUGGGGAAGCGUUACUUCUGCGACUACUGUGACCGCUCCUUCCAGGACAACCUUCACAACCGCAAGAAGCACCUGAAUGGGCUGCAGCACCUCAAAGCCAAGAAGUCCUGGUACGACAUGUUCCGAGAUGCAGCUGCCAUCUUGCUAGAUGAACAGAACAAGCGGCCCUGCAGGAAGUUUCUCCUGACAGGCCAGUGUGACUUUGGUCCCAACUGCAGAUUUUCCCACAUGUCAGAGCGAGACCUGCAGGAGUUGAGUAUCCAGGUGGAAGAGGAGAGGCGGGCCAGGGAGUGGCCACUAGACAUCCCUGAGCUCCCCGAGGGCCAUCUGGAGGACUGGCUGGAGAAGAGAGCCAAGCGACUGAGCUCAGCCCCAAGCAGCAGGGCCGAACCAAUCAGAGCCACUGUCUUCCAGUACCCUGUGGGCUGGCCACCAGUCCAGGAGCUGCCUCCAUCUCUGCGAGCACCCCCACCUGGGGGGUGGUCCCUGCAACCCAGCGUCCAGUGGGGCUGAGCCUCUCGUCCCCACCUGACCCUGACCUGGUCAGCUCCCACAUCAGCCACAGUAAAGUAAGGCCUUUACUGGGGAUGCUGAGGCCUCCUCCUGCUGUGCCCCAUGGAACCUCUGAAACUAUCAGCUCAGCCUGGCCUGGCCUUCCUGAGGUCCAGGAAUUCCUCCACCAGGUUCAGCCCUGGUCCUGGCUCUGUGCCAGUCAGCUCCACCCUCCCUCCCUCAUUGGACAUCUUGAUAAGACCAGGGAGAAAACUUCCUUCUGGAUGUUUAUAAAGCAAGUCUGUCACUA